UAAGGCAUCGUGGCAAGAGCUGAUGCAGACAAACAGAAAUAAUCCAAAGAUGAAGACCUUGAUGGUUGUGUUGGGUUUAUCCCUCUUCACCUUGUGUGUGGCUGAGGAUCAUCUGGAUCAACAGGCAGAAGACACCAAGAGCAUUCAGAGUCCCAGCAUCGACUCUGCUCGUCAUUGCGAGAUCCAGAAAUCGAAUGACUAUAUUCUUAGUGCCUUGAAAGAAUUGGAGGACAAGCAGAGAUUUACUGAGAAAGAGAUAGAGGAUCUGAGGAAGGAGCUCAAAGGUAACAAGGUGGCAUUUGGAGCAGCCAUUGGCAGUGUUGGAAAUAUUGGACCUUACAACAGUGAGAUCACACUGAUCUACAAGACCGUCCUCUCAAACACAGGCUCAUACAAUCCUGCUACAGGUAUUUUCAGUGCUCCAGUCAAAGGAAUGUAUUACUUCAGCUUCUCUGGUCAUAAUUUAUCACAAAAGUCAAUGGGGCUGCGACUCAUGAAGAAUGGAGUGCAGAUCGGUACUGUGUACAAUCAUCAAUCUGGAAAACGCUAUGAGACGGCAACUAACGGCAUGACUAUACCUCUUAAUGUGGGAGACCAGGUGUACAUGAGGCUCGGGAAGGACACGUGGAUUUUUGAUAAUGAUGAUAACCACAGCACCUUCAUUGGACAUCUGUUAUUCCCUUUCUGAGAAAAUAAACUCCAGAGAGAGAAGAGAGAGUCAGUGAGGUGCAGUACAUUGUUACUUCAAUUGGGGUGUUGCUUAAUGAAUUAAAGUGUUUAGAGCUGACCGGAAACUUGAAUUAAUGAAAACACUGUAUGACAAUUCAUCAAGUUAAACGGGAUCCUGAUCAAAACUUUGUUAAUUGAAAGUUUUAUAUGCAUUGAUAUUCUGUUUGUCUUUGUGUUGUGUUUCUUUUUGUUCAAUAAACACACUAUGACU